UAUUUAAAAUUUUUCUAUAUGUGCUCGAUCAAAUUGGCACUGAAGAAUCAUCCAAACAGUACGAGAAAACUCAAUUUUCCCUUCUAUCUUCUUCUUCUACCCGGAGAUCCUCAACUCGAAGUGAGAUUAUUUUUCUAAUUCUUUGUGGUGUGUUACACAGUUAGGGUUUCUUUUUAUUCUUUUCGCUUGUAGUGUUCAAAAUCGAAGAACCAUGUCCGGACUCCACCGGUCCUCUAGUGCUCCCACGAAGAAGGGCCUUCCUCCCAAGGAGCUCCUCGACGAUCUCUGCAGUCGAUUUGUUUUAAAUGUGCCAAAAGAAGAUCUCGAGUCAUUUGAAAGGAUUUUAUUUCUUGUGGAAAAUGCACAUUGGUUCUAUGAAGACAACUCAGUGGAAAGAGAUCCAUCACUGAAGUCAUUAACCCUGAAGGAAUUCACUUCUUUAAUAUUCAACAGUUGUGAUGUCUUAAAACCUUAUGUUCCCCAUUUGGAUGACAUAUUUAAGGACUUCACUUCCUACAAGGUCCGAGUUCCUGUAACUGGGGCAAUAAUUUUGGAUGAGACAUUUGAACGGUGUCUGCUAGUGAAAGGUUGGAAAGGGCCAAGCUGGAGUUUUCCACGCGGCAAAAGGAACAAAGACGAGGAAGACCAUGCAUGUGCCAUCAGAGAAGUCCUUGAGGAAACAGGUUUUGAAGCUUCUAAGCUUCUUAACAAAGCUGAAUACAUAGAAAAGAUUUUUGGACAGCAAAGGGUGCGGCUCUACAUAAUUGCUGGUGUGAAGGAUGAUACUGCCUUUGCUCCACUUACCAAAAAAGAGAUUAGUGAAAUUGCAUGGCAACGGCUUGAUGAACUUCUGCCAGCAAGUGAUGAUGUGAUAUCACGUGGGAUCAGCGGCCUCAAGCUUUACAUGGUGGCCCCUUUCCUGGCUUCUUUGAAAUCAUGGAUUUCAGCACAUCAGCCCCCCUUGGCUCCAAAAUCGGAUAUGCCUCUCAAAGGAAUUUGUGUCUGGAAAGCGAAGAACAGUUUGACAGGGAAUAAUAGCAGCACAGUGAUGAUAAUGGAGAGCCAGUCCAGUAAAUGUGAGGUUGAUGUUCAUCCUCCUGACACGGGACCUGGUAGCAGCUUCAGAAACUUCACAUUUGAUAUUGGACCGAUCUUGCAAACAAUGGAAGCCGCUUUCUCUGCUGUAAGGCCAAACUGACUUGGUUUUGUAAACUUGUUCAAGUUCACAUUCCUGAUCUGUCUCAUUGAACACAUUGAGCGCCCCGCCCCCC